AUGGCUGCCGAGGCCUCUCAAGAUGUACCAAUGGGUUCACCUCCACCCGCGCCCGCGCAGACGGACACGGAGCCCAAGUAUGGCGGCUACUCGCGUUUCGAGAUUGAGCUCGAGUUUGUACAAUCUCUAGCCAACCCUUACUACCUCAACCACCUCGCCUCCCAAAAGCUCCUCAACCAACCCGCCUUUGUCGCAUACCUCGCCUAUCUCCAGUACUGGAGCAAGCCGCCCUACCUCAAGUACCUGACCUACCCGGGUCCGACCCUGCGACACCUCGAGCUCCUCCAGCAGGAGAUGUUCCGACAGCAGAUCAUGAGCCCGGAUGUGGUUCAGAGACUGGUCGAGGAGGGCGACGACGCGCCUUGUGUAGGAUGCGAUCAGUCACACGAGCCACGACAAGAAGACCAGAGCAGCCCCCAAGAACAAGAUGGCAUCAAGACUCCUACGCGGAAGAAGAAGACGAUCAAGAUCAAGAUCAAGACGAAUCAGAGGCCUUCUCAAUCGUAA